UUACUUGCUCUAUCAAUUUUUGCCACCUUUUCCAUAUCGGUAAAUGCUGGUCUACUGGAUUACAUAUAUCCUGCCCUCAAGACGGAGUUCUACAGCCAAGUGCCCACAAAGGAGGGUUAUCGCUUCAAACUGGAGGAGCCAAAUGGCAGUAAACGCGAGGAAAUCGGUGUUGUAAUGAAUCCAGAUACACCAGAUGAGCAACUAGUUAUAAUGGGUAUGUACACAGUGUACGAUGAGAAGACCGAUACGGAGACAGUGACGAUGUAUACAGCGGACAAAGAUGGUUACAAGCCGCGCUAUAUGUUGAAGAAUCGUAAAUUAAGUGCAAAAGCUUUAAUGUCUGGGGCCGGUUAA